CGUGGUGACGUAUACUGUCGUUACGUAAACCGUUCGGCGCAAAAAUUCAAAUGUUCUCAGGAAGAAAAGUGCAUCAGUACAAAGUAAAACACGCUUUAUGUUAAUUUAGGCAGUUUAAUCUUUAUAUUAAGAAAGAUACGUUCACUGUUGCAGAAGCGUUGGAUAUAAUCGAGUCACGAUGAGCGCAUCCUCCACACCCAUCUCCCGGGUGCGUCAGUGGGCCUCACCGUCCCUGAAGCACAAGGGCGCCUCUCCUGCCGCCAUCAGCACACCGCUCCUCGCAUCUUUCCCGGGCAACGAUGAUGAGCUGGAGCGGCGUCAGAGGCGCAGAUCCCGGGUCAUUGAUCUGCAAGCCGCUUCUGACUCUUCGUUUAAUGAAUCUACCUCUCAUAGCACCACCGGGACCCCUGCCGCUGUGCCUAAGCUGUCAAAUGCACAGAUCUCAGAGCAUUACUCCACCUGCAUCAAACUUUCCACUGAAAAUAAAAUUACCACCAAGAAUGCAUUUGGUCUCCACCUGAUUGACUACAUGGCUGACAUCCUCAAACAGAAAGAUUCUGAGCUCACAAAUUUCAAGGUGGCAGCGGGUACCUUGGACGCCAGCACUAAGAUUUACGCGGUCAGAGUGGAUGCUGUCCAUGCUGAUGCCUACAGAGUGCUGGGAGGACUGGGUGCUGAGACCAAGCCUGGGGAAGAGCAUGGAGCAGGGGCAGGAGGAGAGAUGGAGGAGGGGGCUGAAGGUGAGCUGGCUGCUAAGCAGGUGGUGAAGAAGAAGAGGCCUCCCAAGAAGACUGUGGAGCAGAACCUGAGCAACAUCAACAGCUCUGAGUCUGAGAGGAAGUGUGAGGUGGACCCCAUGUUCCAGCGCAUGGCGUCGUCCUUCGAUGAGAGCAGCACGGCAGGUGUCUUCCUGUCAGUGUUGUUCAGUGAGGACAGUCGCUGUGAGCUCCUCUUUCCCUCCCACAUGACCCUGUUGCACUCCAGGCCCGCUUACUCCCAGCCUCCACCGCAGCACGUCCCUGCAACGCCCUUCACAGGUGGUCUCCAGCGGAUCCAGGAGAAGAGCUCUAUCUGCCCUUCCCUGGCAGACUUCUCUUUCACCAGCUGGAACCCUGACCAGACCAUAAACCAGAUGCUGGAGAAGAUAAAGCAGGGGGAUCACGUGUUUGACGUGAACGCGGAGGCAGACGAGGAGGAGUGUCAGGACUUUGGGGAUGAUUUUGAUGGAGACUAUGAGGAGGGUCAGGGGGACCAUGGUGGCGACGGCUCCAAGGAACACGGUGGCGACGGCUCCAAGGAACACAAGGAUCGCUGUGAGGCUGGAGGGCCCGGGAGAGGAAGGGAUGUGAUUCCCAUCGGAGAGGGGGACAUAGCCACCAUGUGUCUGCAGCUGUCCGAUCAGCCCAGAGAGUACUCCUACUUCAGCCCCAGGACCAUGGCUACCUGGGCAGGCCCUGGCUACUGGCGCUUCAAACCUCUGCACAAAAAGGACAACGUGCCUGAGAAGGAGGGUCGCAAGAGAAAGCCAAAGAAGGCCUUUGAAAUCGACUUUAAUGACGAUGUCAACUUUGACACCUACUUCCGCACCACUAGAGCCGCUACCACUAACACCAAGUCAGCCCUCAGCACAAGAAACAAGAAGAACACUCUGGCUGCAGACUUCCAGUUCCCCCCUGAGACCCUGUCCCAACUCAGCCUUAAGCCCGCCAGCACAUUAUGUAAAGAGGGUCAGAAGAGGUUGUCUGGAGAGCUGGGGGAAGGCAUCGGAGACUAUGACUACAACAAUGCCAAUGACACAGCCAACUUCUGCCCCGGACUGCAGGGUGGUGAAAGUGAUGAUGAUGGUGAAGGGUUCAGUGGGGGUACAGAUGACGCCCAGCCUUCUGUGGAUGGUAAACCCGCCUCCUCACAAGACCAUGACGACGUGUCCACCUAUGGGGAGGAUAACCUGGUGCCCGAGCCAUACAGGGUGAACAAGAUUGAGAUAAACUACGCCAAGACAGCCAAGAAGAUGGACAUGAAGAGGCUCAAGAACACCAUGUGGAAUCUUCUGACUGACAGUCUGGAAAAACCAGCCAAGCAGGAGGUUGAAAAUGUGGAGACUUCAGAAGUGUCUGGGGAGAAGCUUUUCAGCCAGACCACACAGACCCUGCGUCAAAGCUUGCCCCCCAACAUGGCUCAGAACCUGUCCGUGCCCCUGGCGUUCGUCGCCCUGCUGCACUUGGCCAAUGAGAAGAAUUUGGAGCUCAUCAAGGUGGACGACAUGUCAGAUAUCAUCAUCAAGCAAGGUCAAUGAAAAGGGAUAGACAAUGGGACAAUUUCACUUUUUCUAUGUGUAUAUGAUGAAUUAUGGGCCAUUCAUGUCAAGCAAAGGCACCCUCACAUUUAGAUUUUGAGCCUGUGAAAGAUGUUAUUUCUCAAAUGUAUAAUAAGUGGCCCUUUUAAAAUGACUCAUCUAUUUUAUUACCUGAAGUGUUUUAAACAUUUACCUGUACUUUGUUUAAUCUGUCCUUUUCCCCCCCCCCUCUACGUCUAUUGUGUGUAGAUAAUAUAAAUCCUUCACUCCUGCCUUCCUCACAACGGUGGAAUGUACAUACAUACCAAAACAAAUAAAACAUUUGUUUUCUAAA